AAGUGUCCUGGGUCGCCUAUCCCUGGCUCUGCCACUGGCCUCUGGGUGACCUUGGGCAAGUCUCUUUGCCGUCCAGGUGCCCUUUCCCAUGCCAGGCUUGGCCUGUUGCUCUAUUCCUGUAAACCCCCAGGGAGGGGGCAGCGCGGCCUCGUGUGCCCCGGGGCCCCCAAGGCUAUCGUGGGACAAACGUGAGAGCUUCCCCCUGACCUCUUGCCCUCCGUGCGUGCCUGUUUUCUCUUCCAGUCGGUUCGGCACCAAGUGCGCCCGCUGCGGCCGGCAGAUCUAUGCCAGCGACUGGGUGAGGAGAGCCCGUGGCAACGCCUACCACCUCGCUUGCUUCGCCUGCUUCUCCUGCAAGAGGCAGCUGUCCACCGGCGAGGAGUUCGGGCUGGUGGAGGAGAAGGUGCUGUGCCGGAUCCACUACGACACCAUGAUCGAGAACCUCAAGCGGGCGGCGGAGAACGGCAACGGGAUCACGUUAGAGGGAGCUGUCCCCUCCGAACAAGACAGCCAACCGAAGCCAGCAAAGAGGGCCCGGACGUCCUUCACAGCAGAGCAGCUGCAGGUCAUGCAGGCACAGUUCGCUCAGGACAACAACCCCGAUGCACAGACCCUUCAGAAGCUGGCGGACAUGACGGGGCUGAGCAGGAGAGUCAUUCAGGUUUGGUUUCAAAACUGCAGAGCACGCCAUAAAAAGCACACGCCCCAACACACAGUGCCACCUUCGGGAGCCCCCCCGUCCCGGAUCCCUUCCUCGCUGUCUGAUGACAUCCACUACUCUCCCUUUAGCAGCCCUGAGAGGGCCAGGAUGGUAACACUGCACGGCUACAUAGAAAGUCAGGUACAGUGUGGGCAAGUGCACUGUAGACUUCCUUACACUGCUCCACCAGUGCACCUCAAAGCAGACAUGGAAGGACCACUAUCUAAUAGGGGUGAGAAGGUCAUCCUAUUUCAGUAUUGACUGCGCGAACUCUUCCUCAUCUGUCCAUGGCGCUACCAGCACCACUGCCCCUCAGUCGUUGAAAUACUGUGUCCAAUCCAAGGCAACUAGGAUCAGUCAUGCUGGAGAAAGUCCAUUCCCGCGUUUCGGUUAUUCCCACCAACCAGCACCUAACAGCCGGUAUUUUUCCCUGCCAGCAGCACGGUGUGUGUGUGUUGAGUGCACAGUUGCAUUUUCACUUGUUUCUUGUGGACUUGUAGAAUGACAGUGAGUCUCCCUGAGGUGAUGCCAUGCCUAGCCAAAAUUAGUGACGACUGCACUUACACCAUUCUUACUUCCAAAACGACAGAAAUAGGGAGAGAGCUAUUGAACGCUGAGCCAGGGGUAGCUCCGAUCGUUACCUUCUAAAAUAAAUAGAGGAGAAAUGAAAGGGGUUCACUGGAUCGUUUUGCACCAGUGAAACCAUUGAAUCCAGUGGUCCACUCCUUUCUUCUGCAAGCAAGAGAGAGAUCUGACGUGGGCCUGUAGCCUCAGCUGCUCGGCCCUUGAGCAGAACCUCUGGUUCCACGUUCUCCGAUUGUUGCAAUGCCAUUAAAUCAACAGAAAGUAUGCCAGCAGGGAAUAGAGCCCUUUGUCCUCAAAGUGCUUUAAAACCACAAAUCCAGGAGCCGUCCCUGGAAGGUAAGUCCAUUUUCAUAUCCCAGAAAUGAAGACAGAGGUUGGGUAGCUCAGCCAAGGUCACCGAGGGAGUGGGUGUCAGAGGCAGGUGAGCGCUCUGCACAGCUCCCGACUGCCUCCCAGGGCUUUAAGCAAAAGACCCAGCCGUCUUCAGUGACCAUCAGCCCAGUUUUCAUGUCUUCCUCCCAGCUGGCCUGUUCCUUGUUCACUUGGAGUCACGAGUGGGGGAUUCCAGCACGUACCUACCCCAGACUGGGACCAGGAAGCUAGGCAUCUUUCUGGUCGGAUCCCAACUGGAAGCUGGGCUGUGAAUGUAGAGGGUUUAGUUUGCUUGGGUGCAGACCCUAGAGAGACCUUAGCAGCAAAUGUGUAGCUCGUGAAAGCGGUCACUGGGUUGCUGGACCUGUGGGCACAGGCGCAGUGGGAACUGAGGCUGUGACUUCUCUUUUUUUUUUUUUUUUUUGCUUUAAUUUUUAAAAACAGAUAAAAACAACCUGGUUUAAAGAGUGCCUGCAGGCCAGGUAGGAAGAGCCCACAGCUGCAAGCACGCAGCGGGCAAGGACAGAGUGUGCAUGGGUUGUUUAAAGGCCAGGCAAGUUGAUCCGGCAGCUUCUUUUGAUGCUUCCCUCUGUCUUUGUGUUGCAAGCCGUUGCUGGCGCGUCCCCGCUCCUGCCCAGAGCUCGCCAAGAAGAGCAGGCUGCUUGGGCUAAGACGGUCUGAAGUGACGGCUUGCAAAGGGCCAGGCUGCCCUCUCCCGUGCUGGCGAGUGCUUGUGCAUGUGGGCGGUCUCGCUGCUAAGUCUCGCUCUGGGCCGGGGAAGAAGCUCUGAAAUAGCGUUUCACGGGGUAGUGUUGCUAUCUUUACUGUCUCCUCUUGAUUUGCUCGUAGCUGCUAUGUAACAGCUUCUCUCUCAGCGAGUGGCCUGAGCUGUACAGACCAGCGCCGGCCAGAUUUGCUGCCUGUUGGGGGUUGUUUUUUCAGCUCGGUCUUAAAUACCCAUUCUUUGCACUCUGGAAAUUCCUGGCUCAGUUCCCAACAUGGGUUAGGAUGGCCAUCGUGCUAGCUGCGGGCAAGCCGUAGUCAAACGUGGCAAAAUCUCUCUGGGAUAUGCCCCAUCACGUCACUGUGCCCGGGCUUCCUGGGCACAUGGCUCUAGCCAUAGUGAGGCAUGCUUGCCACAGUGACUUUGUAUAGCAAAUUGCAGAAGCAGAUAUGGAUUCUGUCGAGGUGACUGUUAAGAUCUCCUGACCUGAGAAGUAACUGAGUUGAGAGAGGAGGUGAACAGAUAUUGGGCACGUCUACAUGAGACAUUUACUGCAGAGCAGACUACUGAGCUUCACAGUAAGCGUCUUGCAUCUACACGUGCAGGGCUAUCAGGCUGGAGUAAACUAAUGAACUUCACAACUAUGUAAUGCACUUGUGAAUACAAGUACGACCUUGCUGUGGAGUGUUUUUACUCUGCAGCAAUGCAUGUGUAGAUGCCGACCUGGCUGGCUGGGCCAGGAGGGUGCUUCAGUGCGGGACUGCCUGCCAUCUUGCCCCGCACUGGAGCCCCCUCGUGCCCCAGCCAGCCCCUCUGUGGCACAUUGGGCUGGGUCGGAGCAGCUUCAGGCUGGCAGCCUGACCCUGGGGCCCCUGCCAGCCGGGGCUGCUGUAACCUGGCUCAAUAUGCUGCAGUUCCAGGCAAACGUUCAAACAGCGCACCCGGGGGCAAUAAACUCCGGUGCAAAAAAAAAAAAAAAGCGCCGGACUUUAUUGCUUCAAAUUAAUUGCACAUGUAGAUGCGCCCAUUGUUACGUACGUUCAGCGUUAUAAUGAUACAGAUGGUUAGGUCAGAAUUCUGUCUAACUGCAGCCAUCAGCGAGCUGCUUUACCUCCAGCUUAAAUUAACAUUUGAAAGGGGAUAUGAAAUUAGAAGUCCGUAAAAUACUAUUAUGCACCUCCUGAGAAGUGAAUAAUAGUUUCCAUUGAACUUAACCAAUCAAGAGACACUCAUCUGCAUCUGUGAUCCGAUUGGGCAAUGUUGUUCCAGAAUUCACUGUUAUUGCCCCUCUGAGAAGGCAACGGUAAAAAUUUGCGUCUGUUUUUAGUCACCGAUAAGCCAGAUCCCCACCCCCCCCCUUUUUUUUUUUUUUUUUUUUGUAUGAAACAACGAGCAAGAGAACCGGGCAUGCUUUUGUUGGCUGUAAUGGAGCAUUCAGAGUGUCGGUGUUUGUUGCAGCGAGGUUUUAGUUGCUUUGUGUCCACAUGAAAUGGCCUUGAAAAGCUGAUGCGCUUGGGACAGUCGCCAGGCCCCCACCUCCUCCUCCUCCUCCUCCUCCUCCUCCAUUCACGCUCACUCAUUCCAGCGAUCAUUUCCUUGUGGGACUCGUGUAAUAAACUCACGGGUGGCUCUUCGCUUUAAGACUGAAGACGAGAUUCCACGCUGUAACCUGACCUGGUGACCCCUGGUAGUCGAGAUUUCCGCAACCCGUUUUUUGUUGUUUUUACAAGAAAAUGGUUCUAUACGUUUAUCUAUCAUCUCAGCAGGGCAAGGGGGAGCAAGACGGCUGAGUAGAUCUGCUAAAUAACCACUAUAGUGAUUGACCAAGUCAGACUUGUAUAAUGUACUGUACAUCCAAGUUUUUGUAGCUGUUACCACUGACAGGAUCAGAAUGCGAAGCACAGGGCUAACGUAGCAUAGAUAUUUCUGACCAAAUAUGUAUAGUGUAAGUGGAGUCCCCACUAGACAUGUAGAGAGUAUUGCACCGUACAACUCAUGCUCAAGGGAAAUCUCCUCGAUAAGUAGCCACGAGCAGCUUUGCUAAUUCAGAAAUCAGGCUCUGUUGUGUUAAGCCCAAAUUGUUUGCAAAAACUGGAAGCAAUUCAGCUUGUGCAGUUUUAGAGCUAAUUAUGUGUAUGGAAAAUACUCGACUGUACCAAGAAUGUAAGAAAUCCUCUAAUUUAUUCAAUACUUUCUUUCACAAUGCAUUUCACAUUGACUGUUGCCAUUGAACCAAACCUUAUCUCAGGUCAUUUGCAUUCAUCUCCUGUCCAUAGAUAUUUUUUUUUUUUUUUUUAAACCCUUCUCAUUUACUUUGUUUGUUCAGUAAUUGCCAAAUGGGUCAUGGUGCAGUACUGCAGACUCUGUGUAUGAAAGUUUUCCAAUGGCUAUUUACAAAAAAAAAAGUUAGACUGAAUCCUUUGAGUGUAGCUAGUGAGAGGCAAACUUUCCACUAGAAGUGAACAAGAGAAAUACAUACGAUGGGGGUCUGAAAACGGAAUGGUUUACAAUUUUAUUUCCAAACUAUGUUGGUUUUGGGCUCAAGUAGGUUAAACCCAGUACCCCAGAUAAAGGUGCUUACAUGACUUAUUAUUUGGGAUGGGGGAACAAGGGGAAAAAGCCUGCACUGCUGCUCUCAGUGAUAUGGUCAGACCUAGUAACGCGAUGCCAACUAUAGACACUUAUCAAGAGUUUUAUUUCAAAAGCCGAUCGUUUCACUGUAGCAUGUUGCAAUGAUGCAUGUCUUGGCUACAAUGGUUAAAGAAAAUCCUUUGAAUGAGUGGACAGUCAAGACUAAUAUUUAUUAAAAAAAAAAACAAAAAACAAAAACCUAAAACUAAAUUGUAAGCACUUUUUUGUAAAACCAAUGUCUGUUUUGUUACAUACUUUUAAUGUUGUGCUUUGUAAAUGUCUUAUUUGUGUAAUAAAUAAAGUUCAUGCAAGUAGAA